AUGUCGCUCUUCAGAAACGGCUCUGCGCUCUCACAAAGCAACAAUUCAUUGGCGUCCUCCCAUGCAUCACCAACCUGUUCUCACCUCGCAUUCCCCAGUUUUGCGUUCCUACACAGUCCAUCUGUGGUUUUUGUCGGCCACGCCCGUCUCAGGCCCACCUCGCCUGCACGCUUUUGGUACAUCAAAGAAGGUGCAGGGAGGGACAAACAUCUGCUGCCCACACAAACCAAGGGAAACCACAUUAAUUCAACCAGAUUCUUGCUCCCUCGACUCCGACUUCAAGUGUUUGAAGGAUACCACUAUCGCAGCCCUGACCGCAGCCCUGACCGCAGCCCUGACGGUCACCCCUGCAGUCACCCCUGCAGUCACCCCGGUCCUUACUCCGGCCGUCACCCCGGCCGUCACCGACUGUCACCCCGGCUCUCACCUUCGCCUCACCCGGGCUUCACCUCGACUUCACAAGGAUAUUUAAGAGCGACUCUGACAUGCGCAACAAUGGAACAGAACAACGACCAACACCUGCAGGCACAAAUUGCGGAAGCUCUUCGACGCAGCCGCGAAGAAACAAACUUGGACGAAACGAACCUGGCUGCCGCCAUGGCAAACAGUCUCACCACCCGCGAUGAAGAAAUAGCGCGUAACAUGCAGCGUGCGCAAAUCCAGGUAUACGAACAAAACCUUUACCAGAAUGCUUCGGAUGAAGACGAAGACCAUCCCAGUCCCUGGCAACACGUAAAUUCCCAGUCACAACGCACCGAUGCUCGCAGGGUAAACCACAUUCACUCUUCUCAGUCGCUGCCGAUACGACGGACCUCGGCACGCCCUGCAACGGCUCAACUCCGAAAUAGACCAUCUUCAUAUCGCGGCCCUGAUAUACCAGGCACCCGCCGAGUCCAAGAGGUGCCUGCUUCGACUAACUGGAAUUCGCAAUGGGCGCAGCAGAUUCAGCCACGACCAACAGAAACCCAUCGCCACUACAUAAGCCCGCCUGCGUGGGGAAGAAGCCCUCCAAGCCCACACCACUUAGCAGGAGGAAGUGGCCCUCACAGCCCUCAAUCCGCCUACCCCCACAAUCGCCCCCUAUCCAACCGCAACAGCCCCGCUCCACGCCGCAACGCCAAUGCCUCCUUACCCAACACACCCUCUCGUGACCCACGCUCACCGUCCAGCCCACAGCACAAUGGCCCUUCCCCCAAUUUUACUUCUUCUCUCACUCCCAUCAAUAUAGGCCCCCCACAGCUGCAGCAAAGCACUCCGUUUCUACCCUCUCCGGGCCGCUCCCCUCUAACGUAUGCGUCUGCUGUAGCUGCCAACGUUCCACAACCCCAGCCGCCCUCUCCUCAAAGACCUAAUACACAACCGCGACUAUCUCAACGGUCUCAAGACGUCCCUAUUACAAUUCCAGAGGGUGAACCUACUGUUAUAAUUGAUGGCCAAAAUGUUGGCCGUGACUACGGCGAGAACGACCACAUAUUCCAGAGCCGAGGAGUUAAACUUGCCCUGGACUACUACGCGGCAAAUGGAAUACGCGCUCUAGCGCUACUUCCAAGGAACAAAGUUGACCAACGUACUUACCUGAGACCUGGAGUUCGCAAUACCCUCGUCGCUGAUGACCCGGAACUCUUAAAUGAGUUGCACAGCCAAGGACGAGUCUACUUCACCCCAGCUGGAUCACAUGAUGACUUUUUCAUCCUUAGGUAUGCGAUGCGGAAGGAAGCCGAUGUCAUCUCCAACGAUCGCUUCAUCAAGGAGUUAGAGAUGCAGGAGACAGCCGAGGAUGUACGCGACAUGAGAACGUUUCUGGAAACUCAUCUUAUACCCUACACUUUCAUUGGGCAAGACUUCGUACCAAACCCCAAUCCGUGCCGACUUGGACGAAACGUGCACCAAAGCAGAGCACUGCGACGCUAGUCGCAAAUUGCCCAAGUCCCCUGUCUCUACCCUCAAGUCAGCUUAGAUAUGAGGAUGACUCCAUGUACAAUAAAGGACGCUUACUCCCCCCUACUAGUUACGGCACAAUCGACUUU